AUGAAGAUAGAAGCGCAAGAUACAUCGACCAUCGAUAAGUACCGUUGGAGAGAUUACAUUCGUCCGGUCAGGAUGACGGUUUGGACCUGGCGUAUCUGUGGGCUCUACAAUGCAAAGCCACAAACUCCGCUCUACAGAGCGUACCGUAUCGUAUUCAACGUCGUCCUGAUGGUGGUCUAUCUGUUUACGCUAUCGUUCAACAUGUUUGUGAUGCAAACGUUCGAACAGCUCGUCCUGUACAUCAUGUACAUUGUGUUCACGGAAAUUGUUAUGGUGCUAAAAGCAUUGAUUGCGUAUUAUAAGUUCGAUCAGAUAUGUGACUUGUUCCGGCAAACACUAGACAGUGACUUUCAACCGGUUGACGACGAGGAGGAAAAGUUGUACCGAAAAGGUGUCGGGGAGAUUAAUUACUACUUUUAUCUGUACAUCACGACGACGAAUCUGGCGAUUGCAAGCUCGCUGUUAUAUCUACUGCACCAAGAUUACCGAAUGCCCUACUUUCCAUGGAUGUUGGGCAUCGAGUAUGGAUCGACGGAACGGAUAAACUUUGGCAUCAUGUUCGCUUACCAGGUGAUCGGCAUGUACUUCCACAUGCUGAUCAAUAUAGCGAUAGACGUGCAACUGUUCUACUUUCUGGGAAUGAUCGGAAUUCAGUUAGAUGUGCUUGGGAAACGGUUCCGAAAGAUACGUACUUCGGAAGAGUUUGGGAAAAGCUUCAUGAAUCUCAUUAAUCUCUAUCAAAAAUUGCAUCGGAUGACUCGGGACAUUGAACAGCUGUACUCGCCUGCAUUCUUCGCCCAGUUCAGCGCUAGUGGGUUAGUUAUUUGUGCUACCGCUUACAAGACAUCGUCAAUGUUUAAUGUGUACGAACUGACGGCUAUUCAGAAUCUGCUUUACAUGCUUUCAAUGAUGUUUCAAAUGUUUUUACCGUGCCGAUUCGGCAAUGAGGUGACCCGUAAAAGUCACCUUCUUCGCACCUCCAUCUACAGCUCCCGGUGGUACGAAAUGGGUCUGUACGAUCGUAAAACGUUGCACAUGUUGCUUCAACGCAUGAACAAACCACUGACCCUUAAGGCGUACUAUUUUUUCAACUACAACUUACAAGCAUACACUACGACUCUUAAUAUGGCCUAUUCUGUGUACGCACUGCUUCAACGUAAUGCUUUGAAGAAAUCCUAA